AUGGGCCGAAGCGGCUACGACACGACGGGAUUGGGUGGGUUCGUCCGUGCCAACCCGCGGCCCGCCGGCGGUAACAAGGCCGGAGGGGGUCAGAAAGGUGGGGGUAGCUCGGCCGGGCCGGGGCAGAUGCAGCAGGCGCAGACGGGGGCGGGAUCGGCUUUGGCUUCGGGUAAGAACCGGGGCGUGAGUGCGGCGCCGCCGAAGAAGUGA